CAGCGAAUGACGUUCACGAAAAAGUAAGCAGAAGGCGCGGCUACUGGAGCACUUGGGACCUUGUUCUUCGAUUGUGAACAUGUCCGCUGUGUUUUUCACCUUGAGUCGCGGUGGGCUCAUCGUGGCGGCCAGGCAUCCCGCCGGCGCACUGAUCAUGCGAUGUGCGCAGACAGCAGCUGCUGCAGCACCAGCCACACAACCCCGGCUGAAGAAGUUCCAGGUGUACCGGUGGGACCCUGACACCCCUGGGGACAAGCCCCGUAUGCAGACAUUUGAGGUUGAUCUGAACAGCUGUGGUCCCAUGGUGCUGGAUGCGCUCAUUAAGAUCAAGAACGAGAUUGACCCCACUCUCACGUUCCGCCGGUCCUGCCGGGAAGGUAUUUGCGGAUCCUGUGCUAUGAACAUUAAUGGUGGCAACACGCUGGCCUGCUUGAACAGGAUCGAUACCAAUACCAGCAAGGCAGCAAAGAUCUACCCCCUGCCACACAUGUAUGUUGUCAAGGACCUUGUACCUGACAUGAGUAACUUCUAUGCCCAGUACAAGUCCAUUGAGCCCUACCUGAAGAAGAAGGAUGAGUCCAAGCAGGGCAAGGAGCAGUAUCUUCAGUCUGUGGAGGACAGGCAGAAGCUGGAUGGACUGUAUGAGUGCAUCCUGUGUGCCUGCUGUAGCACCAGCUGCCCCAGCUACUGGUGGAAUGGGGACAAGUACCUGGGCCCUGCUGUCCUCAUGCAGGCAUACCGCUGGAUGAUUGACUCGCGUGAUGAUUUCACAGAAGAGCGCCUAUCCAAACUUCAGGAUCCCUUUUCCCUAUACCGCUGUCACACCAUUAUGAACUGCACCCAAACUUGCCCCAAGGGACUGAACCCCGGAAAGGCAAUAGCAGAGAUCAAGAAAAUGAUGACAACUUACAAAGAGAAGAGAUCAUCUGCUGUGUGACCUCCGGUCUCUAACUUCCUUAUAAAUUAUCUGUUUUGAAGUUUGUCUUACUUGUAGACUAUUUACUCAGCAUCUGUACACUCCAACACUGGUGGUAUGUAACAGCAUCAAAGAAUAAAAUUCAUACUCUGUCCUUGUGUCUUGUACAGUAUGUGUGUUUUACUUGGAAAAGAGUAUAUUAAAUAUUUUAGAAGAACUUUGUGUCUGAGUGUUAAUAUACCAGUGUUAUAAUAAAUGUUGGUUCAUUACACAUGUCUGUGCUUUAUGAGUGAUUCAACUUAAGAGAC